AUGAUGGGGCACCCCGUUCGACGGGAGGUGGUACCCUCCCUCCGAAUUCCACUCUUGGUCCCGACCACGACAUCUCUGAGCGUGGAUUUGCCCACUCUGGUGGCCCGAGAUAGCUCAUCAACCUCAACUUCAUCGUCAUCGUCAUCAUCAUCUGAAAAAGCCACCAGCAACUUGGACACGACCGUUUUACCCGUGGUACUCGGUGCAGCAGUUCCUAUUGUUUGUGCUAUCAUAGCCUUUAUCAUCCUUCACCGAAGACAUGUUAAAAAGUUGUUACGUGAGGAUGCCAAUGAUAAACAUAAAUCUCUAGAUUUUGGCAUGGAUGAUGUGAACCCUCGUCGAACCAAGCCAGGCCCCGGUGGAAUGCCGCAGAUGAUGGAACCUAGUCACGGCAAGGGGCUUUCUCUUGACGUUUAUCCUUAUCUGAUGCCCCCGGGUCUCCACAGCCCUCGAGACUCCAUACAUUCCAUCUCGAGAUCGAUUGACGAUGACAAAUACCGCCCCGCCACGUUUAUCACAAAUGACAACGCGUCCAUCAGGUCAUAUCCAAGAAGUCGCGAUGAUGCGUCUAGUGUGGCCGGAUCGACCACUCGAUUUGGAGCCUCAGAGGAGCCCAACUCGGGCCUUCUCCGGAACGCCCAGCGCAUGUCUCGCUCAUCACCACCUCUGCACCGCCGUCCUUCAGAGGCGCCAACCUCACCACCUCCCGCUCAUCUACACCAGGACUACCCCAGACCGAUUCCGGGAAUGAACCCUUACCCUGUACAGCAUGGGGAUCAGGCACAUGGCAUGGCUGUCGGAAGCCCUCACGCUGACUCCAAUAUCCAUGAGCGACCGGCUUCACCUUCAGUGUCAGAACCUCAAUUCAACUUGCCAGAACCCCAGUUCAAUUUGCCCGAGUCUCAGUUCAACUUCGGUUCAGCAUCAGAGCUCCACUUUGAAACCCCAGCCCAUGCACAUGGCAACGAUUCGAACAUGUUCGAUGAGGAUCGUCCCAAUUUCCCGCUGUCUGACUCGGUGCCAUCUCACCAUGAACACGAGCCUGCUCAAGCGUCUGCUGUGCAGCUCCCCCGUAUCUCUUUCCCCGCCAGCGACAUCACCAGUAGUGACUAUGGCGAUGACCACCGCAAGUCAGAACUCAUGAUCCCCGAGGUGAACAUCCACGGUGCCGUGGAGGCAGAACAUCAUCAGUAUCAGCAUCAGCAGGAACCGAAUAAAAUCCCCGAGCUUCCCGAGGAACCCCAAAGCCUGGAACCUGUCUACGACGCUCACCGUGACACCCGCCGGAUGACUCUCGGUGUACGCCCACUGCCCCCAGAGGACCCAGCCGACAACCCGGAGCAGCGUGCCAACCGGAUUCGCUCCUUCUACAAGGAGUAUUUCGAUGAUAGCAAGCGAGAAACUACUUAUUACGAGGACUACGGCUCCGAAUUUUAUGAAGGCAGCUAUGUCUACGACCCCACCAACGGAGAUUACUUUGAUGCGGCGCCCCCUGCUCCAUUUGCUGAGCCAGUAGGCCGCCGGGCCAUGACCCCUCCACCUCGCGCUCCGCCCCGAUUCCAGGGCGCUGCUCGUCAUAUGGCGACCAAUUCUGCCGGUAAUAAUGGCUUUGGUGGACCCGGACCUCGUGCUUUCUCCUCUGCCUCUGGACAUCCUGGCCCCAGAGGUCCUCGUCGGGCGAAACCGCCCGCAGCUCUUCAAGCCAUUCCGACGCCGCUCCAAGUUCUUCCCACACCUCAUAUGUUGAAGGACGACGCCAUCCUGACUGCCGCGGCUUUUGCCCCGGGUAAGAGCUUCCGAGAUCAACAAGCAGGUCGUCCCGAAACACCCACUGGUGGCAUGCAACCCUACAGCCCUGCGCUCCGUGCUCACACUCCUCUGAUAUCGUCGUUUGAUGAUCUUGCUGUGAUUCCCAGCGCUCAUGCCCUGCGCAAGUCUGGCACUUACACAUCUUUGGAUUUCGCGCCACCGCCCCGAUUCAAGAACUCAGACAGUGGCAGUGAUGCGGGUAGUAUUCGCAGCAACCGGACGGGUAUCUCUAACACCCACCAGAACAAUAUUCGCCUGGGUAACUACCGAGUCAGCCGUCUGCCCACUGACAUGGUCGGCACCAGGGAUGACAUGAUGACUAGCCUGCGUCCAGAUAUGGAUUUGACGAGAUAA